AUGCAGGUGAAAAAACAGAGGGGUUCAGACAGUAGUACUGGAGAGGGUACCCGUAAAAAGUCAUCAUGCUUCUCAAACAUCAAGAUAUUCUUGAUAUCGGAAUGUGCCCUGAUGUUGGCACAGGGCACUGUUGGAGCCUACCUGGUGAGUGAAACAUUUAAAGCUGUGUCAUUAUGUCUGUGAUGUCUCUCAUGAGAACAUCUGUCCAGACGCAGGUUUCAUAUGCAUUCUAAUACUUUGGGCUAUUUUAUCUUAGCUAUAACUCCGUGCCAGUACUGAGCAUGUAAGCAAAGUAUCUGUCAUGAAACAUGCAACAGCUAUGACAUAAUGAGAUACAUUUUAACCGGUUUAAGAAGGCUUGACAUCCACCGGUGUUUUAAAUACGCGGAAGCCAGUGCCCAACUGCCCAUACAAAGGCUAGCCUACAUGUGGACUCAAUAUUCAAUUCGAAACACAUUUUAGUCUGGUUGAGGAGUUUAACCUUGUCCAUAUGUCCACAGAAAACAUAGCCUAUUUCCCCUCCGUCAAAACAAAACUGUUAAUGAUGGUUUGCUCUCCUAAUGCCGCACCUAAAUAAUCCAAGUGCCCAAAAUAACACUCUGAUUCCGUAGAGGACAAAAAUUAACAGGUGACUUGUUAGUCUAUGCGGCAAAGGGCCCCUAUAACUGUAAUAUACAUGUAAUUUACUGCAAUAACACAAUCUAUUGAUGUAGUUAGAUCAGUGAAAUUGUAGGCCUCUACCUGUAUUAUCAGAGUGCCAGUCUUGAAAGCAAUGCUAUCUUGUUUAAGACAAGCCUAUUCUAUUCAACUCUUUUAUCUCAUGUUCACACGUGAUGCUUCUGAUAUUCUAUAGGCCUACUGGUUGAAGCUUUUAAAUCGUUUUAGUCCUAAUAGGUCCUCCUCACGAAAUAUUUUCUGUACUCCCUUCUCAAAUUCAGUUGUUUCAUGGUGAUGUUCAACAGUUCUCUUAUGACAUGAAACAACAAAUGGUGGAUGAGUGAAUUAAUUCCUUCAUAAACUCAGCAAAAAAAGAAACGUCCCUUUUUCAGGACCCUGUCUUUCAAAGAUAAUUAGUAGAAAUCCAAAUAACUUCACAGAUCUUCAUUGUAAAGGGUUUAAAUACUGUUUCCCAUGUUUGUUCAAUGAACCAUAAACAAUUAAUGAACAUGCACCUGUGGAAUGGUCUUUAAGACACUAACAGCUUACAGAUGGUAGGCAAUUAAGAACAUUUAGGACAAUAAAGAGGCCUUUCUACUGACUCUGAAAAACACCAAAAGAAAGAUGCCCAGGGCCCCUGCUCAUCUGCGUGAACGUGCCUUAGGCAUGCUGCAAGGAGGCAUGAGGACUGCAAUAAAUUGAUGUGGCCAGGGCAAUAAAUUGCAAUAUCCGUACUGUGAGACGCUUAAGACAGCACUACAGGGAGACAGGACGGACAGCUGAUCGUCCUCGCAGUGGCAGACCACGUGUAACAACACCAGCACAGGAUCGGUACAUCCGAAUACCACACCUGCGGGACAGGUACAGGAUGGCAACAACAACUGCCCGAGUUACACCAGGAACGCUCAAUCCCUCCAUCAGUGCUCAGACUGUCCGCAAUAGGCUGAGAGAGGCUGGACUGAGGGCUUGUAGGCCUGUUGUAAGGCAGGUCCUCACCAGACAUCACCGGCAUCAACAUCGCCUAUGGGCACAAACCCACCGUCGCUGGACCAGACAGGACUGGCAAAAAGUGCUCUUCACUGACGAGUCGCGGAUUUGUGUCACCAGGGGUGAUGAUCGGAUUUGCGUUUAUCGUCGAAUGAAUGAGCAUUACACCGAGGCCUAUACUCUGGAGCGGGAUCGAUUUGGAGGUGGAGGGUCCGUCAUGGUCUGGGGCGGUGUAUCACAGAAUCAUCGGACUGAGCUUGUUGUCAUUGCAGGCAAUCUCAACGCUGUGCGUUACAGGGAAGACAUCUUCCUUCCUCCUGACAUGACACUCCAGCAUGACAAUACCACCAGCCAUACUGCACGUUCUGUGUGCGAUUUCCUGUAAGACAGGAAUGUCAGUGUUCUGCCAUGGCCAGCGAAGAGCCCAGAUCUCAAUCCCAUUGAGCACGUCUGGGACCUGUUGGAUCGGAGGGUGAGGGCUAGGGCCAUUCCCCCCAGAAAUGUCUGGGAACUUGCAGGUGCCUUGGUGGAAGAGUGGGGUAACAUCUCACAGCAAGAACUGGCAAAUCUGGUGCAGUCCAUGAGGAGGAGAUGCACUGCAGUACUUAAUGCAGCUGGUGGCCACACCAGAUACUGACUGUUACUUUAAAUUUUAACCCCCCCUUUGUUCAGGGACACAUUAUUCCAUUUCUGUUAGUCACAUGUCUGUGGAACUUGUUCAGUUUAUGUCUCAGUUGUUGAAUCUUGUUAUGUUCAUACAAAUAUUUACACAUGUUAAAUUUGCUGAAAAUAAACACAGUCGACAGUGAGAGGACGUUUCUUUUUUUGCUGAGUUUAGUAGGGUAUUUUAAGUCACAAAGGGGUAUGGUAUGGUGGGCUAGUGCCACUUCCCAGGGAAAUCAAAGAUGUAAAUUGAAAUGCUUUGGCCUUAUUUGGAGUGGAACAUGUUAUCUAUUCUGUGCCACUGUUCCACAAGCUUCCUCCUGACCAUGGGAACAGUGUAGCCUAUGUGGAUGAGGCAUGAAGUUAAAUGACCCCAAAAUAAUUGAGUGGAAUGUUUUCCCAAGUACUUUGUACUUUGUUUUUUUCAAUCUAUUUUAUUCUAUUUUUGUAACAUGUUGUUAUAACAUGUUUCUUAAAUCUAUUUAGAUGGACUAACUUUCUAACACUACAUGCUUGUGAACCAAGUAAAGUUAUUGUCAAAUUGGGCCUACAACCAGCAGUCUUCAACCUUUUCUCUCUGACUUGGAUGGAACAUUGCACACAUUUUUCUGUGAUGUGUCUCUCUGCUAUGUACAGACUCGUCAGUCACAGUGGAAGGAAUGGGUCUAUCAGGAGUCCUCUGUAUGAUAAUUGGUCUAGUUAUGUCUCAUUUAAUUGAAUGUAGUUGAAAUGGAAGAUGUCUCAUCUGCAGCAGUGACUGCAGGGGACUCUGAUGGCUUUUAUACAUAGGCAGUUAUAGCUUAGCUUAGCUAGAAUGUUUACACCUACAGUAUAACUACCAUUUAAAGCCCUGUCUCACUUUGACUAUGUAAAUGUUUUCAACUACACUUUUCAGGAGGUUAUUCUAAAGAAGGUUAACAAAUCUUGAACUAAUAAUGGUAUACUUUACACUGGUGAGUAAAGAUUAGCAAAUUAUGGAUCUGAGAGGGAAGGCCAUGACAGGCCCUCAGCCAUGCUCUAUCGCUGUUAGCACAGGUAGUCUCUUUCACAUGGCAUCUGCUCCAUUUGCAUAGGCUGGAAACCAAGCUCCAGCUAAAGGGACAAGCUGAUAACCCUGUUAUGACCUUAUUAGAGGUCCUCCUGUGUCGGAGCUAUUGUUGUAUCCAUGAUAGGAUGAGGCAACUUAAAGUGUGUGCUGGCAGCCAGGGAGACAGCCUGGAAGUCAUGGGUCAUGGCUUAUGCUCUUGCUCUUGCUCUACGUUAGCAGCUUAAGAUGGACUCUUUCCCAGGCAACACAGGCAACAUAGUCUCUGGGUAAACAGCCAGUGCACAUACCUGCAUAGACAAUUACUCUCAACACUAUGGGGUUGUGAUAUGACUGUCAGCUUCCCUAGUUUCAUUUUGAGAAUGAUCUGGAAAUGGUGUAUAAACCUACCUUAAGUUCUUAGUUCUCGGAAAUUCAACAGAACUCUGUGGUUUCAGCCUAUGUUGAAUGUUGUGGUGAUGAGUGACAGUGGUGAAUUUGUUUGCUGUUACGUGCUCCAUCUACGCAUGGCAAAACAGGCUGAACUAUCUAUGUACUUUAUAAUUUCCCCUGCAUAUAUUUGAUUUUCAAACCCAGCUUUAGUAGUUGAUUAUAUUAAUUCUACACGAAGUUUUUCCAGACUUUAAUGUGUUCAGGUUAAGCUAUAGUUAAAGUUAGGUGUUACUACCUCGCCCUCUCCAAUCUUGCAACUUGCCAAAACCUAAACUUUUGGAAUUAGACAGGGUUUUGUAAAGGCUUCUGAAAGACACUGAAUUGUCCUUUUGAAAGGGUGUCUAGACAGCAUAGGAACCUGAGACGCACUUCAACUGUUUUAUUUAGCAAACGGCUGUAGUUAUGUCUCAAACUGUGCUUACACAAGCCUCAUCCGCUGGUUAAAAAAAAAGGAUGUCUGUGUGGGGCUUGGCUCCUCUCAUUCUGGACAGGUGAGGUAAUGUUGAGGCUAAAUAGUCACAUUGUCCAUGAAAACACAGCCAGACAAGUUUGCAUUGUAACCAUGCUGCAAUAAAUAAAACAAACUUUCCUGACUGACUGUGUUUACUUUUGAGUUCAAGAUUCCAGGUGUAUCUUUAACUAGCUUUCUGUAGCUGGAGGUACUCAUCUCUCUGCAAUGUACACAGUCUAUUUACAUAACAUAGACCUAACUAUAAAUAUUUUUGUCAAUUAUUGAGUCUUGAAAUGCUGUAUCUGUUAGUAAAAUGCUUUGAUGGCAGAGUGCAUGUACACACGUGGAAUUUGGGGGACGGGUGCUCUUCUAAAUUCACUGCACUUUUCUGAGCUCGCUAAGCUGUCACUCCCACUGGUGCCCGAGUCUAGUCUGGGCAAGAGAUGACAUGACAUGGUCUGCUUGGCCUGGCUGCCAUUCCUCUGCUGUGGUGUGGUGGUGAGGUGGAGGUUCAGGAGUAUGUGCUGGUGUCUGCUGAGUGCUGAGUGCUGAGAGGUCCAGCUGUGCCGUCAACAGGUUGCAUUGGCUUGGCAUGGGCUCUGAGGACAGGAGCAGAUGGUGAUGUUUCCAGCCCAACUCUUCUAGUUUCCAGGAUUGCUAGGAAGCCACGUUACACUCUUUGGAAACUCAGAUGAGGCUGCAAGCCCAUUUUGGAGACACAUACACACAUAGCAUCCCUAUUGCUGAGCUGUAGUUUUAAGAGCAUAAACCAUUGUAUAAUGAUAGGCCUUGUACAUAGGAUGACUGAAAUCACUACAUUGAUCAACCUGUGGUCGUGUUCAAAUGUAAUCAAAGUGUAGGUAGUUGUAUUAGUAUAGUUAUUUCUCAGUCACACCUGCCAUUUAAAGUAAUUUAAGUCACUUUGUAAAGUCACAGAGCGAAUAUAAUUUUUCCUACUGGCAAUGGCAUCCUUCUUUACAUUAGCUGUUAUUUUCCUGUCCCCACGGCUCCUCAGAGGAGUUUAAUUUAGCAUGUUAGCCUGUUGGACAUCACUCUGGGAAUGGAACAGGACCAUGCCCUUUCAAGGACAUUUUGGGACACAUCUGAAAAUGUGACAGGUGGGAUAUGGCUCAGCAGUUGGUUCCCAGACAUUGAAACCCACAUAAUUUUUUAUGAACUCUAGAAAAUACUCACCAAUUUCAUUUGAAGGGAGAAGAGGAUGCUGCAUGCAAAAUGUGAUACAUCUGAGGAUCCACUCCUUUGAGAAGGGGCAGCCUAUUAUACUUCCUGCAGAGUAAAGGCCCGUUUCCACUGGCACUUAAAAUUAGGGCCAAAUUCGAGAUGGCUCGAAUGGAAUUCUCAAAUUAGAGCCCAGUCAGGGGAAACCCGGGCCAGCGCAGACCAUUUUCACAACAGGUGCCAGCUCGAUUAGAAUUCGGGUUGGUGACGCUGUUACUAUGCAACCACCAGCUGAUCACUACUGGAUGCUGACACCACGUUUAGCUAGCUCAUCUGGGCUUGUUGCUGUUAACUAGCACAUGGACAAGCAGUACUGCAUUAGUCAGACAUUACACAAAUUAUCACCAUAGCUGGAUCCUUCAUUCAUUUUUGCACUACACAAUAAACUUUUAUGAGAACAGUCAGCCCUCGAAUGCUAGCUACCUAACGUUAGCUAGUAAAUCAGACUUGAUAAAAGCUAGCUAGCUAGCUAGCUAACAUUAGCUAGCAGGAAUUUUAGCUGGCCAGGUCGUGAAAGCUAGCUAGCGACAUCAUAUCAAACCUGUCGUCUGGUUUGCUUGGUUAGCUAGCCAAUAGUCAAUGCCAUGGCAAGCAAGGUAGGAAUUAAGCUAGCUAGCUAGCCUGUUAUGCUAGCGACAAAGCUAACCAUUUAGCUAGCUAGCGAGCUAACGUUAGCAAGCUAAAAAUCUUUGCUAACUACAUGGCUCUGAGUCUGGCUGGCAGUGGCAGGAUUAUGGGGUAAUGUUAGUUACAGCAUGGUGAGGGUGAAUAAAAUUAUUCAACAUCUUGAUAGCUAGCUAGCAACAUUAGAGAACCAACUGCACAGCCAUGGCUAACUAGAAACAUUACAUCAUUUUUAAUUUCUGGAGGCAGUGGAAACCCAAUUUGAGCUUUACCACCAAGGCCAGCCCAACCGGGGUUGACUUCAAAUAGCCAAUGGAAACGGGGCUUUUGGGUAAUUUUCCCUCUUCUUUAUGGUAGAGCAUUUGUGUGUAUUCCAUGCAUUUCUGUUUCAGUCUGGCCUUGGUGUUCCCAUGCAUCAUUGUAGCCUGUACAGUGUUGAUAAAAAGGUGUGGGUGGUUGGUCUUGGGUUCUUUAAGAAUCUUUCUUCCCUAUUAGUUGUGGGUGUUCAAUAUCACCAACUAGGAGGCAACCGGUGCAGAUAGCUGGGCUUAGACCACAUUCCUGUCCCAAAAAUAGAAGACUGGCCAGAUUUACCAAGGUCAUUGCUAUCAAACAAUGUACUGUCCUCCUGAGCCUGUGUGAAGUUGGUCUUUAACAUUCAAGUUGUGUGGAGAUCAAUUUAAUCAUUAUACGUAGUUAGGAUCAUUAUACUUAGUUAGGAUCCUAUCUGAUGAACUGAAAUGCAUUCCAUAAUGUCUGACUUCCAUGUAUUUUACCAACAAUGGCAGACGGGAGACAAAAUCCCCUGCUGCCCCCAACUUCUAUCUAGAGACAGUGUUAUGCUCUUAUCUUUCACCUGCGUUAAAUGCUGCACCAUUAACUCAGAGAGAGAGAGAGAGAGAGAGAGAGAGAGAGAGAGCGUGCGUUUGGGGAGAAUGCACUUUCAAUAAAGCAAUGGGAGUAAGUGAUGCAUUGCCCAGCUAAUCAAAAACAGGGCUGGAUCUUGGCAGAGAGGGGAUUUUACUCAGAGUUCAAUGAGAAACAUCUGAAAGAGGUCUCACUGUGAGUCAGUAUAUCCAAAGGAAAGGGAUUAUUUAAAAGGGCACAACCUCAAUAACAUGGUAUUUUCAUAGCCAUGUUAUAUUUCUCUAAACUCUCUUGCGGUGUGCGUGCAACUUGAUUCAAAAUUCCAGUGUGCAAACAAUAUCUAAUUUCUUCUCUCAUUUGCAUAUACCCGACAUUUGGAAACCCUUUGGCACGUUAAUCCUUAUAAUUCCAAUAUCUAGUGUUUUAUGUAAUUCUUUUGUAUUUCAUUUGGGAGAAUCACAUCUUUCAGAGAUGUUUAGUAUAGAAACAUGUCAUUUGUCUUAUAUUAAGUUGUUUGUUCUGUAAUAACCAAAAUGAUACAGUGAGGGAAAAAAGUAUUUGAUCCCCUGCUGAUUUUGUAUAUUUGUCCACUGACAAAGACAUGAUCAGUCUAUAAUUUGAAUGGUAGGUUUAUUUGAACAGUGAGAGACAGAAUAACAACAAAAAAAUCCAGAAAACGCAUGUCAAAAAUGUUAUAAAUUGUUUUGCAUUUUAAUGAGGGAAAUAAGUAUUUGACCCUCUCUCAAUAAGAAAGAUUUCUGGGUCCCAGGUGUCUUUUAUAUGGGUAACGAGCUGAGAUUAGGAGCACACUCUUAAAGGGAGUGCUCCUAAUCUCAGUUUGUUACCUUUAUAUAAGACACCUGUCCACAGAAGCAAUCAAUCAGAUUCCAAACUCUCCACCAUGGCCAAGACCAAAGAGCUCUCCAAGGAUGUCAGGGACAAGAUUGUAGAUCUACACAAGGCUGGAAUGGGCUACAAGACCAUCGCCAAGCAGCUUGGUGAGAAGGUGACAACAGUUGGUGCGAUUAAUCGCAAAUGGAAGAAACACAAAAUAACUGUCAAUCUCCCUCGGCCUGGGGCUCCAUGCAAGAUCUCACCUUGUGGAGUUGCAAUGAUCAUGAGAACGGUGAGGAAUCAGCCCAGAACUACACGGGAGGAUCUUGUCAAUGAUCUCAAGGCAGCUGGGACCAUAGUCACCAAGAAAACAAUUGGUAACACACUACGCCGUGAAGGACUGAAAUCCUGCAGCGCCCGCAAGGUCCCCCUGCUCAAGAAAGCACAUAUACAGGCCCGUCUGAAGUUUGCCAGUGAACAUCUGAAUGAUUCAGAGGAGAACUGGGUGAAAGUGUUGUGGUCAGAUGAGACCAAAAUCGAGCUCUUUGCCAUCAACUCAACUCGCCGUGUUUGGAGGAGGAGGAAUGCUGCCUAUGAUCCUAAGAACACCAUCCCCACCGUCAAACAUGUAGGUGGAAACAUUAUGCUUUGGGGGUGUUUUUCUGCUAAGGGGACAGGACAACUUCACCGCAUCAAAGGGACGAUGGACGGGGCCAUGUACCGUCAAAUCUUGGAUGAGAACCGCCUUCCCUCAGCCCGAGCAUUGAAAAUGGGUCGUGGAUGGGUAUUCCAGCAUGACAAUGACCCAAAACACACGGCCAAGGCAACAAAUGAGUGGCUCAAGAAGAAGCACAUUAAGGUGCUGGAGUGGCCUAGCCAGUCUCCAGACCUUAAUCCCAUAGAAAAUCUGUGGAGGGAGAUGAAGGUUCGAGUUGCCAAACGUCAGCCUCAAAACCUUAAUAGCUUGGAGAAGAUCUGCAAAGAGGAGUGGGACAAAAUCCCUCCUGAGAUGUGUGCAUACCUGGUGGCCAACUACAAGAAACGUCUGACCUCUGUGAUUGCCAACCAAGGGUUUUGCCACCAAGUACUAAGUCAUGUUUUGCAGAGGGGUCAAAUACUUAUUUCCCUCAUUAAAAUGCAAAUCAAUUUAUAAAAUUUUUGACAUGCAUUUUUCUUGAUUUUUUUAAUGUUAUUCUGUCUCUCACUGUUCAAAUAAACCUACCAUUAAAAUUAUAGACUGAUCAUGUCUUUGUCAGUGGGCAAACGUACAAAAUCAGCAGGGGAUCAAAUACUUUUUUCCCUCACUGUAUGUCACUUAACCUUAAUUCAGAAUGUAGGACAAAUUAUUUUAUUUUUCUCAAUGUUUAGGCCUACAGUCUUGGUUACUUGGUUUUCAAUGGCAAUUGUAAAGUACUGCAUGCAUCUGAGAUGUGAUUCACUAUACCAAAAACUGUAACCAUGAUCCAUGCCGUAUUUAUUGAAUUGCUAUUUGUAAGGUAGGUGUUUUCCCCGAUGUUCCAAUUACAUACUUCUCAGCUAGUGUGAAAACAAUUAGGCUUUAAGCCUGGUAAUAUUUCAGCCUCGUAAUGAUAAUACCCUGUCAUUUACGAAGUUAAUCAGUUAUGAGAAGUUAGUUAUGAUUGCCGUUUAUGAGCAACAUAUUUCCUCUGCUGUUGCUUUCUCAGGUGAGUGUCCUGACCACCCUGGAGCGACGAUUCAACCUCCAAAGUGCCGAUGUGGGUGUGAUCGCCAGCAGCUUUGAGAUUGGCAACCUGGCUCUUAUCCUAUUCGUCAGCUACUUCGGGGCCAAAGCCAACCGGCCAAGGUUGAUUGGCUGUGGGGGUAUCGUCAUGGCGCUAGGAGCUCUUCUGUCAGCACUGCCAGAGUUUCUAACCAACCAAUACGAGGUCAAGCCAGGGCAGACAUGGAGGACUGAGGUGGGCAGGAAUGGGUGUGCCAACAGUACCAGGAAUGGUGGGCAGUAUAUAGAGGAGUUGUGUUCCAACAAGGCAAACACCAACAUGAUGUACCUGCUGCUGAUUGGGGCCCAGAUGCUGCUGGGGAUUGGAGCCACCCCAGUUCAGCCCUUGGGCGUGUCCUACAUAGAUGACCAUGUGAAGAGGAAAGACUCCUCUCUGUAUAUAGGUAAGUUAGUUAGAUGCAUUAAUACACUAUGGGGAUACGUUACUACACUACAGGGAUACGUUAAUACACUAUAGACCAGAUUUACUACACGCAGACUCCACUUCACACGUCAUUUUAAUUAGGAAAUAAAACAUAAAAGGUGGACCAUAGAGUUUAAUGAAGGUUCAGGAGGGAAGGAUCUCAUUGUGUCAUUGUGAUCCUCCAUUUCUAUUUAACCUUCAGUUAAUAGAAAUGGAGGAUCACAAUGACACGAUGAGAUUUUGUCAAGGUGACAGAGACAUUUUGAGGGAUAAUUCCCCUGUAGCUCAGUUGGUAGAGCAUGGCACUUGCAAUGCCAGGGUUGUGGGUUCGUUUCCCACGGGGGGCUAGUAUGAAAAUGUAUGCACUCACUAACUGUAAGUCGCUCUGGAUAAGAGCGUCUGCUAAAUGACUAAAAUGUAAAAAAAAAAAGACAUUUCACUGCAAUAUGUGCUCUUUUUUUCUGUAUUUGAGUGUGCUACUCUGUAGCUCAGCUGUGAGAGCAUGGCUCUUGCAAUGCCAGGAAAGUGGGUUUGAUUCCCAAGACCAUAACUGUAAGUCGCUUUGGCUAGAAGCGUCUGCUAUAUGGCAUUUAGCUAUUAUAUUAUAUAUUGAAAUAAUAUUUAAGAGAAGGAGAUUGUUAUCACACUAGCAUUUCAAAAUCUAUUUGUUCCAGUGCCAAGAGGUUCAUAAGACUACCCAAAUUGGCCCAUCUGUAUGGUGGAAGGACAAACAGUGGUUGUGUUUGUCUGCUGAUCACUGCCGGAAGGUGCAGUGUGUACACAGCCCUGCCUCUGAGUCAAUACAGCAUGAAUGUAUUCUCUGUGUUGUGCUCAGUCUUUCUUUUGUCCCCAAGCACAAUCUGGCCCAUGUGACUGCCAGGUGAGCAGAUCUGUGAGGGGUUUAUUAUCUCCGUUACGUUUGUGCUGGAGUCACAGUCAAGUGCUGAUGCCUGGGAUGAAACAGGAGCAUAAAAGUGCAAAAUGUCUCCACUCAGCUGGCUUGCGCUCUCACACAGGCAUUUGACCAACUGCUGACGUGGCUUUUCAAGGUUUAACAGUGCAUUCAAAGCACUUUAUGAGCUAACCUUCAAUAGCAGAUGAUUGUGUGCAAAUGUACUGUAAGGAUACUGUCUCUUUGCAGUGCCUUACUGCAUAUUUGAAUAUAUUUCACUGAUGUUUGGUAAGAUAUACUGUGGUCAGUCAUCCCAACAAACAUCUCAAAAUUAGGGGUUGUCUGGCUUUGAUGUAUUUGCUCUGCUGAUUGUAAAGGCCAAUGUAUUGACAACACACUAAUGUUGUUCUACCUUGCACAUUGAGCAUUCAGUAUAUGUGUGUCAUGAGCCCCCCUUGUAUAACCACAAUGAAAUCAAAUCAAAUUGUAUUUGUCACAUGCGUCGAAUACAACAGGUGUGGACUUUACUGUGAAAUGCUUACUUACGAGCCCUUUCCCAACAAUGCAGAAUUAAAAAGUAAAAAAUAAAUAAUAAUAUAAUAAGACAAAAAAAGGAAAUAGUAACACAAUAAAAUAACAAUAAUGAGGCUAAAUACAAGGAGUACCGGUACCGAGUCAAUGUGCAGGGGUAGGAGGUAGCUGAGGUAAUAUGUACAUGUAGGUAGGGGUACUCCUGAGUGGCGCAGUGGUCUAAGGCACUGCAUCGCAGUGCUAGCUGUGCCCCUAGAGAUCCUGGUUCGAAUCCAGGUUCUGUCGUAGCCGGCCGUGACCGGAAGACCCAUGGGGCGGCGCACAAUUGGCCCAGCGUCGUCUAGGGUAGGGGAGGGAAUGGCCGGCAGGGGAUGUAGCUCAGUUCGGGGGUUAUGAAAAAACAAACAAACAAAAAAAUAUAUAUAUAUAAUUUUUUUUUUUAAGUAAUGUAUGCACUAACUGUAAGUCACUCUGGAUAAGAGCGUCUGCUAAAUGACUAAAAUGUAAUGUAAAAUGGGUAAAAGUGACUAGGCAAUCAGGAUAGAUAAUAAACAUAGUAGCAGCAGCGUAUGUGAAAGUGUGUCUAUCUGUGAGUGUGUGUGUAUGGCGUCAAUAUGCAUGUGUGUGUGAGCAUAUGUAGUGUGUCUUGGAGUGUCAGUGUGAGUGUGUGGGUAGAGCCAGUGCAAGCAUGUCAGUGCAAAAAAAAAAGAGGUCAAUGGAGUCGUAGACACCGCCUGGUAUAGAGAUCCUGGAUGGCAGGGAACUUGGCCCCAGUGAUGUACUGGGACGUACGCACUACCCUCUGUAAUGUCUUGCGGUCGGAUACCAAGCAGUUGCCAUACCAAGAGGUGAUGCAGCCAGUCAAAAUGAUCUUGAUAGUGCAGCUGUAUAACUUUUUGAGGAUCUGAGGGCCCAUGUAAAAUCUUUUCAGCCUCCUAAGGGGGAAGAGGCGUUGUCGUGCCCUCGUCAUGACUGUGUUGCUGUGUUUGUGUGUUUACACACCAUAGCUUUGUUAAAUAUUUAUUCUGAUUGGCUGAAGGGCGAAAACAGGGCAUGUUACAUGACAUCACAGCCUUUAGGCUAAAUGCUGGCUGCUGGUUAAAAUCUGCUGCUAUAGGAUUAGGAUAUAGGAAUUCACAGUCAUCUCACAAGUCGAGAUGAAGCAAAAAUCAUGUUUAUGAUUGCAACUCGCUUUAAAGACCUACAGUUGUCAAGGUGACAAAGAUACAUCCUUGAGGGGUAAUUGGACAUUUCCCUGCAACAUGUGCUCUUUCUUCUUUUUUUUGGGGAGACAAGGUCCAUCCUGAUACAUUCACAACAUUAGUAAUGGGGAUGACAUUUGUUAGUGUAACACUGAUGUGUUGGUCAAACUCAAGCCAAAGGCCUUCAGUGUCUUGUAUGAUCUCAGGCCAACAGCAUAUACCUCCCCAACUUUCAUUCUUAGUCCUAGCUAUUUUUCUUAGUGUGCUCUGCUUUGUCUAGAAGCGACAGAAACAAACAAGCACAGAACAGCUUUGACGUAAGUCACAACUGCAGCGCCUUGUUAGCACUGUACAGUAGGAAGUGGACUGAUUAAAGUUAGGCAGGCAUAGAGGGAGAUUUGGUGCGGUUCUCCUCAUAAGCUGCAAUGAGAGUUGGAGGAAAACAAACGGUGAGCAUUAGAGAACAAUGUGGUAUUGAGUUGGGAGCAUGUGCUCAGUUGAUCGUCCUAAUCCCCAUGCUGCGGGCAUGUCAUGUGCUUGUAACAGCAUGAAUGGAGGAGAUUGUCUGAAUCUCUCUAUUAUUUGCUGCAGCACCCCCAUGAAAAAUCAGAAUAUAUACACUACCGUUCAAAAGUUUGGGGUCACUUAGAAAUGUCAUUGUUUUCGAAAGAAAAGCAAUUUUUUUGUCCAUUAAAAUAACAUAAAAUUGAUCAGAAAUACAGUGUAGACAUUGUUAAUGUUGUAAAUGGCUAUUGUAGCUGGAAACAGCUGAUUUUUUAUGGAAUAUCUAAAUAGGCGUACAUAGGCCCAUUAUCAGCAACCAUCAGUCCUGUGUUCCAAUGGCACGUUGUGUUUGCUAAUCCAAGUUUAUCAUUUUAAAAGGCUAAUUGAUCAUUAGAAAACCCUUUUGUAAUUAUGUUAGCACAGUUGAAAACAGUUGUGCUGAUUAAAGAAGCAAUAAAACUGGCCUUCUUGAGACUAGUUGAGUAUCUGGAGCAUCAGCAAUUGUGGGUUCGAUUACAGGCUCAAAAUGGCCAGAAACAAAUAACUUUCUUCUGAAACACGUCAAUCUAUUCUUGUUCUGAUAAAUGAAGACUAUUCCAUGUGAGAAAUUGCCAAGAAACUGAAGAUCUCGUACAACGCUGUGUACUACUCCCUUCACAGAACAGCGCAAACUGGCUCUAACCAGAAUAGAAAGAGGAGUGGGAGGCCCCUGUACACAACUGAGCAAGAGGACAAAUACAUUAGCGUGUCUAGUUUGAGAAACAGACGCCUCACAGGUCCUCAACUGGCAGCUUCAUUAAAUAGUACCCGUGAAACACCAGUCUCAACGUCAACAGUGAGGAGGCGACUCCGGGAUGCUGACCUUCUAGGCAGAGUUGCAAAGAAAAAGCCAUAUCUCAGACUGGCCAAUAAAAAGAAAAUAUUAAGAUGGGCAGUCUGAGAUAUGGCUUUUUCUUUGCAACUCUGCCUAGAAGGUAGAGAAGCAAACACAACGUGCCAUUGGAACACAGGACUGAUGGUUGCUGAUAAUGGGCCUCUGUACGCCUAUGUAGAUAUUCCAUAAAAAAUCAGCCGUUUCCAGCUACAAUAGCCAUUUACAACAUUAACAAUAUCUACACUGUAUUUCUGAUCAAUUUUAUGUUAUUUUAAUGGACAGAAAUAUUGCUUUUCUUUCGAAAACAAGGACAUUUCUAAGUGACCCCAAACUUUUGAACGGUAGUGUAUGUAUUUUUGAGAGAUAAUUUUUUUUCCACAAAAGAAGUGCACUGGGCCUUUACUAUUCCUGUAUUAGCGGACCGAUAUAGCUGUCUGUACAGGGGGCAUAUAUAGCCCCCCAAAAAAAAAAAAACUCAAAACAUAAUCGCAGCACCCCCAAACAUCCUACUGUGGCUAUGAAUGUAUUGUGUGAUUAUUCAUGAAACAUUAUCCGCUGGGAACGUACACAUUGUUACAGUAAUCAGAUAAAGUGGUCCUCUGUAGCUCAGCUGGUAGAGCACGGCGCUUGUAACGCCAAGGUAGUGGGUUCGAUCCCCGGGACCACCCAUACAUAAAAAAAUGUAUGCACGCAUGACUGUAAGUCGCUUUGGAUAAAAGCGUCUGCUAAAUGGCAUAUUAUUAUUAUUAUUAUUAAAGUUGUACUUAAGUUGUGUUUUGCAGUAUUUUUCCUCUGCUAAAUAUUUUUCUAACACUUUUGCGAGACACUCCUGAUUCAGCAUGACAGCAUUGACUUUCACUGCCUGGUAAUCACCAGUCUCAAAAAGCUGAAAUAGAUACUUCUGUAUUUUCACAUACAGAAAUAUAUUAUUUUUGAUCAAUGCAGAACAAACACACCCAUAGAUACAUUACUAAAGAAAAAUCACCCCAACAUACUGUACCUGCCUGGGGAGGCUGAAUAUGUUGUUUUAAAUGGGCUUAAUACAUCCCAAAGGCCCAUGAUAUGAAGGUUAAUAGCUGGUGUUAUGGUAGCCUAAUUGAUUCUGUAUGUUUAAUGACUAAAACAGACACUGUCAGCAUAGUGAUUACCCUUUAGCCUCCUAGUCCGCCAUCAGUCUGUCCCUUACAGAAAAAUCACAUGAUUUCACGUGAAAUUUCACAUGUGAAAUCAUGUAAAUAAGUGUUUUUGGAACACUUCACGUGAAAUUCAUGUGAUUUUUCCGUAAGGGGUCUGUCUGUCUGUUUUUCGUCUGUCCGGCCUGAACAAUUCCACUACAUGCCCGCUAUGGGAGAUUUGACUCCUAUGCAUUACUGCUGUAAGCAUAUCCUGAAAUAACAGCCUCACAUACUGUCCAUGAAAUGGAUGGAGCAGUGCAGUGCAUUUAAAUGGCAUAAACGGUUGACAGAGGAGGAAGAAGUGAUAGUUGACCUAUAGGCAGUCAGAAAUAGAGAGCAGAACUACAGUAUACAAUAUGAUCCUUGUGACAGGUGAUGAAGACGUAUGCGCUAUUUGAACAUGUUAAAGAAAACUGCUUGUGAAAGGGAUCACUGUGUUCUCACUCUGACACAAUCAGGUUCAUACUGUACAUCAAUGUGUCAGGAGGCAUGAAUAUUCAUCUGCAGCUCACAGUAACGCCUCGCCUCAUUGUAUAGUGCAGUGAGACCCAGGGUGUGAGGUGAAACUGUGGUGAUUAGACUAAUAUACUACUACUAUCACACCAUUGGUAGAAGUCUCUGCUCAGAUUUAUGUUCUGCUGUGAUAUGUUAAUUUCUAAAUUAUCAUCAUCACAAGCUUUUGUUGUUGAUGGUGAUGUGAUGAUGAUGGCAGACGCCACCUGUAACAUGCAUAAUAUAUUAUUGUAAAUGGCCCUCCUGUAGCUCAGUUGGUAGAGCAUGGCGCUUGCAACACCAGGGUUGUGGGUUCUAUUCCCACGGGGGGCCAGUAUGAAAAAUGUAUGCACUCACUAACUGUAAGUUGCUCUGGAUAAGAGCGUCUGCUAAAUGACUAAAAUCUAAAUAGCCAAUGGUAUAAACUGUUCAGGUAAUGGCAGUAUGACAUCAGUGGAAGGCCUAGCCUGUGUAAAUGUGAGAGUGGGCUGUGGAGAAGAGAGCAGCAGAGCAGUGGUCUGUAGGAGUGAAGCCAUAAUUACAGAGUGAGGCAGGAAUGCCAACCAGCCAGCCAUGAGGUGGGUCUGAGCAGCCCGACUGCACAUGCAUACCACAUGUGAAAAACAACUCCUACUGACUCGGAGACAGGGCUGGGCUGGCCUGGGCAGAAGGACUGGGGCUGUCUCUCCCUGCCACCACACUGUUUACAAAGCAGGACUUAUAGUACUAAUCAGCAGAUAAAACGGAUUCAAACGAUGUUGGCAUUUUUUAUAUAGCAGCACUUACAGAGGGUUCUCAAACUGACUGACUUUUCAGGAGAAGUAGGCCUGCUUUAAGUCUGGCCACUGCUGAUCCAGUUGGUUUUACUUUCAGUUUUGGGAUCUGUCACUGUUGAACUUGUGGAUGCAGUCAUGUUGAGCACUGAACAUUGUAUUAUUUUCCUCAAAUGGAAUACUAAGGGUUGAAAGGAUUAGUCUAGGAAGGGGUGAAAUUGCUUCCAUCACGACUUGGUGCUGCGGAUAAACACUGUGUUUUACGAGAUUUUCUUGUUUUCCAUGUCUAGACGUAGGCACUCAGUUGGGCCAAAGGAAGCAAAUAUGAUUAGAGAGUUAGAGUCAACAGGAUCUCCCUCCGUUCCCACUGCUCUUUCACCAUCUAGUUUUAAUUAUGGCUCUUCCCACAGGGCCUUGGGUUGCAAAAACAUACUGCAGAUACAUGUAUAGUGGUUUAGCAAUGACGCUCCCUCCAAAAAGCAUUAGGCCUUAACCCUACCCAUCCACCUCUUACUGCUUUUGAGGCUUUUUCCAGUCUGGGUAGUCUCCUGUAACACGAGAGGACCUAUAUGCAGAUGGAAAGGAUCACAUUUGUUUAUUCAGUGUCAAUGUAUAAAGUGGUUAUGAUGGGCUCAAUUAUUGAUGUGCUUUUUGCCACUAUUGAAAAAGGCUGUAUUUCUAGGAUCUGGGGUCUGACACAGAUGGUUGUUUGAUGAUUGGAAAAGUGUUAUUAGUGCUCUGCAUCAGCUAAUUUAAUAUCAUAUUAACUUCCCAGGUUUCAGAAAUGUUUUCCUAGAUGUGAGGGGAUGCCAUAAUAGGAUGAACAUGCUUGGAUCUUUUCUAUCUUGUCUUUUUAAAUGAAUGCUUCAUGCAUUGUCAUUGAUAAAGAUAGGAAUAGUGAAAGAAGAUUCGAAUAGAAGCAUCUAUCAGAGAUGUGGCCUUUUGAAAUGCAAUUCCAUUUAUCGGCACUCUGGUGUUAAACUUUGACGUUUGAGGCUUCAUGUACCGACGGCAGCAGUCUGAGGCCCCAGCAGAGCAGAGCAGGAGAGGGGAAGAAUGCUCUGUCUGUUCCAGCGUAUAAAGUACUCCAGUCUCUCCCUGGCCAACACAAAACUGUGCAGGCACAGGUAGUGCACACACACACACACAGAGACACUCACACCCGCACAUACACACAGUCCCUGGGCUCUGCCACAAAGUCAAUCCAAACUAUAUAUGACAGACUAGCUACUGAGGGGGAACACACAAAGGUCCUUCUUUUUUUAAUAUGGCCGGAGACAAGUGCCUACUGUGGAAAGCCACAAAUAUGCUAUUCUUACCUGAUAAUUUUUGCAGCCUAAAGCAAUUUGCAUGUGCUUACUGGCAGACACUCCCACAGUAGCCCCUUACAUUACAGUUUCUGAAACUAAAACUCAAGACCUUUACUUCAAAUCGUCCUGGGAUGAGUCACUUCAAGACAUGCCCAAAGAGAAAAAAUGUCACGCCCUGACUCAAGGGACUUGUAUUUGUUGAGUCAGGGUGUGUAUUUUCUGUGUUGGGUUUGUUCUAUGUUAGAUUCUAGUAUUCUAGAUCUAUGUUGGCCUGUGUGGUUCCCAAUCAGAGACAGCUGUCGCUCGUUGUCUCUGAUUGGGGACCAUACUUAGGCAGCCUUUUGGCACGAGUUAGUUGUGGGAUCUUCUUCCGUGUGAGGUAUGUUAUUUGUCUACCUUGGACUUCACGUUUCGUUUGUUGUUUUUGUCGUGUUGGUUAUUCGUUAAUAAACAUGUAUGCUUAUCACGCUGCGCCUUGGUCCGUCUCGUUCGUAAACGACCGUGACAAAAAAGGACACGUUAACAUACUGUAUGAUGAACAUUAUGAAGACAAGACAGGUUUUUGUUUAAUUUAACACGUUCUUAUUUAAAGAGUAAACAGAUAUUCUCCUGAGAUAUCAAGUCACUUCACGAGAUAAUUUCCACCGUAUUUACAAUAUCAACAUCAACUACAUUUUACCAUACAUCAACCUAUGUUAGCUCUGUUACAAAUGUCACUUCAGCUUUGGUUCUGUAAGGAGUCUGCUGUGGUUGUUGCAGUGGCAUAGGUCCUCGAGAGACCUGUCAACAUUCUGCAAAAAUGUUCCGACUCCAAACAGUGGCUUCAGCAAGGCGUGUUUAUAAGAUACUUAAACUCAGCGCUGUAAUGUCAUCUUGAAGGAUUAGAUUCUAAAUGGGUUUUUCCAUCUCUGCGAUAAACUCCAUGCUGAGUGUGCCCUAGCAACACCAGUUUGUUUUAUUUCAAGACAAUAAAAAGCAUGGAUUCAUCAACAGGCAGCAGAGAAGUUCUCUUCAUCAUUGUGUUGUGUGGACCUGCCCCUCUACUAGCCUGACAGCAGGCCUGGCAUCACCUGCAUAGCUGCAUAACUCCCUGGAUGGUUCAGAGGCACCGCUAUAGUAGAUACACACCAGUUGUCAGAGCACAGUGGUCUUACUGAGCCAUGCCAAUUUGAUCUAACUGCUCAACAACAAGCUAGCAUGUCUGGAGAGUGCUGAGAAAUAGUAAUACACAUGCAUUGGAAAAUCUAAUCAUGGAAAGAAAUCACAUAAUGCAGACUUAAAUGUAAAAUAAUGUGUUUAAGACAAUUAGACGCAGGAGACCUUGUACCCAAAAGAGCACACAGUCUGGUAAAUUACAACCUGUACUACAGUGAUUGAUAAGUGAUAGCCAUUAUUAAGAGUCAUCAUAAAAUUAUACUGGGCGGAUAACGUCAUUAUCAUUAGUUGAAUCUGCUGUCGUUAUUUAAACUUAAUGAUAGCAUUUAUCAAUGCUGUCUGCUGAUGAAGCAAAACAAAUGCCAUGCAGUGCUAGUGAGUCAUCUCCUGUGCCCUGUAUCAGUGAAGCAGGAACAGGCUCAUGUAGUUUGUAGCAGCUUCCAUUUGGGCCUUCCUCAUGUUAUCCUUCAGUUGUCCAACACUAUGGUUAUACCAGCCAGUCAUUACUGCUGUCCAUGGCACAAUUCUGUUGUUAUGUGUCUGGUUUGGCUGCUCGUAGUUAAACGUCAGAUGGUGUCACUACAUUUCUUUGUGUGCUGUUUGGGCAUCUGGACACAGUAUUGCUGUGUACUUGUUAAUACACAGAUUCUGUAUGAGAUUAAGGAUGAGCUACAUUAGUAAGGCCUGUUUCCGCUGUAUGAACCUGCUUUUGGCUGUUGACCCCGAUGUGACACCACAUUGCGUGAAGGCUAUACUUUCUGAGUGGACCUGAAUAAAUGACAAAUGAGGGCAUAAACUUGUCACUCAAGCAGUGAUGUCUCAGUGUGCAAACUUUAGCUAAAGGUGAGGGAUAAGAGCUAUAUGGUUUCUUUAUUAUAAUAUGUUACUGUAUCUUUAUUGAUGUCAAUAUAACACAGCACCAUUAUCGCCAAUGUUUAUAGCUAUGUAUCUAAAAGCUGAGCAGGUCCUUUAUCAGGCCUUAGAAUGAUGCUCUAAAGAGUUGUCUGUGUGCCAGAUACUGUCAUCUCUCUCGUAGUUCUUGCUAAUGCUCCUAUCAGAGUCUAGUUAACCAGGAAGUGUUACAGUUAACUGCCCAUGUGCCGUGGCUUAUCUCUGCUUUGGAGAGUGUGGACCUCAAAGAAUUCUUGAGCACAUUACCCAGCCUAGAAGCUGCAGUGUGGCUCACGGGUGCUGGGCUAGCCAGAUGAGCACCGUGCAUCCGCUCCUUCCAGUUGGGCUCACCAGAGAGGGAUGUGGAGGUUGAGUUUGGAAGCCUCAAAAUAGGUCAAACCUCUGGAUGAAGUGGGUCAGUGUUGGAUAACAGACGAGGCCCAGAGCCCCAGAGGGAGGCCUUAACACGGUAAAACCAGAGCAGUGUGCUGCCUGCCACCCGUGGCCUGCCUCUCAACAUAUCACUCACUGUACAGUACAGCCCGCCAUCUGCAGCACUGGAGAGUAGGGCCAGUGGCCUGGUACACUGCCCAUCCAGAGAGACUGCCCCUCCCAAACUACCCCACCCCUCUCCUGCCUGACCCCUCCUCUACCACUCUGAGCCCUGUUACUUUAUAGCCUGGGCUAUCUGUUUGUCUAAAUGCUUAGGGAAGGUAGAGUGGAUGUGUGUUGGGCUAGGCAGAGGCUGGUCAUCAUAACCUCAUCAUCUCCCUCUCUAUCUCCAAUCCCUGUGGCCUCAGUAAACCCGUCAUCAUGCAACCUUUUCAAGGCAAUCUGGGUCAGACCCUGUCACCGCUGAUUAAAAAGGGGAUUUUUUUUGGUUCGGUCAGGGGGGGAGGGACAAGGGCAUAGGAGGCAGAUCAUAAACACAACAUCAGCAAGCCAUUGCCACGGAAAUGCCUGUUUGUCUAGCUGGUUCUGACUAUUAGAUUGAGAUGCUCAGCCUUUCCCCUGACACGGCUGUCGGCUCUGGCCCUAUGCCUGCUGGGAAGGAUGCAGCUGUCAGAAGGCUCAGGCUGAUCUGAGAGGCGAGCCUCCGCUCACAACACAGUGACACAGGGAAGUGUUCACAAAUGACAGCCCAGAAACUGGCCCUUCAUUUUUAGAAGAACGCAAGAUCCACACCGUUUUUGGAUGCACCGUAGCUGUUCAUUUUCUGAGGUUAGGUUGACCUUGUGGUUGAUGCUCAAAAUGUGCAGAUUCACUCUCCUCUCCUGGCAUUAGUACAAAUCCCCAGCCUCAUUGAUUGAGUGGUCUGUAAGUAGUGGCUCUGAGGGUUCCUAGGAUUACCCAGUAGCAUGUUCAGCACUUUAUCCCUGUAUCAAUGCUGACGUGGAGCGAAGGAUAACAUUGCCUAAUUAAAUGGACUUGGAUCAAUAGCGCAGGCAGUGAUUAUUACAAACAAUCAGAUGUUAGAUUGAAUCAACCUUUAUUAAAUAGCCAGGGGCUGGAGGUCCCUCUCGCUGGUGUCCUGUAUUCUCUAGGUUUUCAAUGAAUUCACAGGAGUUUACUAUGUGUGUUUCUCAAUAUGCAUACUACCGUGCUGUGAGCAGGAAAAUUAGAGCACGCAGCGGUCGGAGUAUGAGUCCAAAUCAAAGAAUACGAAACGGAGAACGAAGGGCACUUCUUGGAUGCGUACUCCGUUUGUACAUAUUUCGAAACAUGCAUCUAUGCAAGCUUCAACAAAACAUUUUCAGGAUUGUUGACGUAAUAUGACGCAACCACAAAAUGUAUUGAAAACAUUCACGUCUCAUAUGUUACCGGACUACAAUAUUUUAUCUUUAUACAUUAAUAAAUACAUACUGUGUUAACUUUGGCAUGUUUUCCUGCCUAAAAUAUCCACUGUAGUUUGUGGUGAUUGCAGGCUAACUGACAAAGAAUUGGUUGCUAGCUAGCUACCCACAAAUAAUUCGUAGCUAACGCUGUCCAUCUACUUUUCAUAACAACAUUUGUAUAUGUUGUUUUUUACAUGUAAAACUAGCUGGCUAGCUAGACUAAUACGAUUCACAUAUAGCUAGCUGAUAAUUAUGAAGUUACAAGCUUAUGUUUGCUUUAUGUACACUGACCGAAAAUAUAAACACAACAUGCAACAAUUUAAAAGAUUUUACUGAGUUACAGUUCAUGUAAGGAAAUCAGUCAAUUUAAAUAAAUUCAUUAGGCCCUAAUCUAUGGAUUUCACAUGACUGGGAAUAAAGAUAUGCAUCUGUUGGUCACAGAUACCUUUAAAAAAAAAAAGUAGGUGAGUGGACAGUUUGUGCAGAAAUCCUUCGGUUGUGUAAACCCACAGUUUCAUCAGCUGUCCGGGAGGCUGGUCUCAGAUGAUCCCACAGGUAAAGAAGACAGAUGUGGAGGUCCUGGGUGGCAUGGUUACACGUGAUCUGUGGUUCUGAGGCCGGUUGGACAUACUGCCAAAUUAUCUAAAAUGACGUUGGAGGCGGCUUAUGGUAGAGAAAUGAACAUGCAAUUAUCUGGCAACAGCUCUGUUGGACAUUCCUGCAGUCAGCAUGCCAAUUGCACGCUCCCUCGAAACUUGAGAUAUCUGUAGUAUUGUGUUGUGUGCACAUUUUAGAGUGGCCUUUUAUUAUCCCCAGCACAAGGUGCACCUGUGUAAUGAUCAUGCUGUUUAUUCAGCUUCUUGAUAUGCCACACCUGUCAGGUGGAUGGAUUAUCUUGGCAAAGGAGAAAUGCUCACUAACAGGGAUGUAAACUAAUUUGUGCAAAACAUUUCAGAGAAAUAAGCUUUUUGUGCGUAUGGAACAUUUCUGGGAUCUUUUUUUCAGCUCAUGAAACAUGGGACCAACAUUUUACAUGUUGCGAUUAUAUUUUUGUUCAGUGUAGUUAUCUUGUUUAAUCUGUAUUGGUCAAAGGUAAUGCAGUAGGACGGGAGGGUGCAGUGCUUCUCAAAUGUACAUUUUUAUGCGUUCUCCACACUCGUCCUCACAAGAACGUACUCAAGAGAGCGUCCUCGGAGAACGAACUCGGAGAGUGUGGAGCACGAUUGUUGCAUAUUGAGAAACAGCCUAUGUUUAAUCACUAUGUCUCUGAGAAAAAAGAUGACCUGAUACAAAAGCUGAUGAACUGUAGGCCUUUCUAUUUUCAUUCAAUAACGCCUUAACGGUAAAAUAUUCUGGCCUUGCCUCACCACAUUCUGAUAUCACUUCCACAUUUCACUUCCAAAUCUAACCCUUUCCACAUUACAGAUCACUGCCAACCUCUCCCUCUCCAUUGAACAAGCUUCACAUUUGGCAAACCCCAUCAAUUUACCCACUUCCUCAGGAUUCAGAACAAUUAAGAUUGAAUUGUAAUUUGUGGCAUAUAUACCCUUGUCCAAGCAGCUUCAUUAUAUUUCCCUUGUUGAGGAAGGAGGAACCAUGCUGUUGGCGUCUCUAGCCUGGUAAUUAGGCCAAGCCACCUGCUGAAGGAGCUGCUACCAGCUGCAGGCAGUCACUGAUCCCUUUACCCUGCACUGGCUCCUCCUCUCCUUCUAUGGGGCAGCUGGGGGCACUCCAGUAAAAGAGGUCAGAGAGCUGCGCACUGUCUUAGCCUCCCAUAGACCGCCUGAUGUUUGUUCUGCCUGCCACCACCCAUAAGCACAAUGGACACUGUGUGUGUCACACUCAGCCCUCAGGAAAACAUCUAAGGCAGCAUUACAAACUGCAACAAGGCCAACACAGUAGGAAUUAGUAUUUUCCCGGAAAUCUACCAAGUUUCAAUACCGGGAAUAAUUAAUAUUUAUCCCGAGAGUCCCAAGAGUCCUGGGAAUACUGAAAAAAAUCCCAUUUGAAGCAUUUAAAACCAAGAUAUGGUCACUAUGCCAGGGUUCUCCUAAAAUAAGAUUGUCGCUGCGCCACAUUGCCGGCUUGGCUGCGUCACUGUAAAGAUUUCACAAGAAGUGAAACUGAUAUUUAGUAAUGAUAGAGUAACUCUGAUUGCCAAUGACAUUGUUGUGAAUUGCGAAACAGGCCGUUCAUAAAUUCAGAGCGUUAUCAUGUUCCUCAAUUAAUUCAGCGCAUUUCAGCAGUAGGCCUAAGCUAUCUCGACACAGAGCGCGCUCAGGACGCACAGAGCGCACCCCGAGUAGGCUAUAGUAUUGUCGAAUCAUACAAACUUUGUAACGGCAGUCAAACAGAAGCCAAAUGACCAAAGUUGCUAAGCUUUCUAGAUAACCUCCAACGAAUGACAGAAUAUCUCCUAUUUGGCAAAAUUGAGUUGAUGAUAAUACAGAUAGCAGAUCAGCUCAUGAAUAACGGGGAGAUGAAGAGAGGAAAUUGUUUAAAUAUCAAGGUAUCGUAACGGGGACCAACUCUGUUGGAAAAAUAUAUAUAUCUACUCUCAUACUGUUUGUUGAUCACAUAUUCUCUACCGAAGCGCUCAUAUGGGCAGCAAUAUGAGACAGCGCAGAGAAGCGAGGGAAAUGUUAUAGCGCUAUUUUGACAUGAUAGGCAAGACAUGCUUUGAUAAUUCUACCUAUGGAUUCCAGAAUAAAGUUAGGAAUUUUCAUGCGAUUUUGGGAUUCAGUGGGAUUGAGACGAUAGGACAAUAGCCUAGGCUCUAUAUAAGACUAUAUAAGGCUACUGCGUGAGUCAAUAGAUACAUAAUACACUUGAUUUAGGCUACAUUAUUGCAUGCUAAAUGUUUUUGAUCAGUGAUAGAUGAGUAAACAAAUAAAUGAGCCACUUCCACUUGUCCAGCCAGAGAUCAAUUAACCAAAUAUACAGACAGAGAUUCAGUGAAACAAAAUCACAUUUAUUGAUUAUCGGACAAGUCACAGGUUUUUGGUCAGGAGUAGGACAGGUUACUACGCGAGUGAAGAGCAAGCAGACUUGUAUAACAUGCUAGCAAAAUGUUCUGAUCAUCUAAUACAGUGCCUUGCAAAAGUAUUCAUCCCCCUUGGCGUUUUUCCUAUUUUGUUGCAUUACAACCUGUAAUUUAAAUGGAUAUCUAUUUGGGUUUUCAUGUAAUGGACAUACACAAAAAAUGGCCAGCAAAAAGCCAUUGCUUCAAGAAAAAAAUAAGCAAACACGUUUGGUGUUCGCUAAAAGGCAUGUGGGAGACUCCCCAAACAUAUGGAAGAAGGUACUCUGGUCAGAUGAGACUAAAAUUGAGCUUUUUGGCCAUAAAGGAAAACGCUAUGUCUGCCGCAAACCCAACACCUCUCAUCACCCCGAGAACACCAUCCCCACAGUGAAGCAUGGUGGUGGCAGCAUCAUGCUGGGGGCGAUAUUUUUCAUCGGCAGGGACUGGGAAACUGGUCAGAAUUGAAGGAAUGAUGGAUGGCACUAAAUACAGGGAAACCUGUUUCAAUCUUCCAGAGAUUUGAGACUUGGACGGAGGUUCACCUUCUAGCAGGACAAUGACCCUAAGCAUACUGCUAAAGCAACACUCGAGUGGUUUAAGGGGAAACAUCUAAAUGUCUUGGAAUGGCCUAGUCAAAGCGCAGAUCUCAAUCCAAUUGAGAAUCUGUGGUAUGACUUAAAGAUUGCUGUACACCAGCGGAACCCAUCCAACUUGAAGGAGCUGGGGAAGUUUUGCUGGGGCAGUUUUCAAAAUGGUCAAAACGGUGCUGAAACGGUGCUGAAAUGAUAAUUUAGGUGACCACACACAACUAUUGCUUUAAAUUAGUAUAAUGGUUGGAUAUGACUUUGGGAAUUUCAGUAUAAGCCAGAAUUUGAUACAUGCCUUCAAUUGCAUUAGCUUACUUUAUUCCAAUAUGUUCAUCAUUCAGUUGAUCAUAACUAAGGUGUUUUCCUCUCUGCGCUUUUUCUAGGCCCAAUGGCUGUUUCCUCGUCUCCUCAGUCUGGUGCCGCCCACCUCUGCCGUGUUGUUCUCAACACCAGAAUAAAUCAAUAUAACCUACUGUUUUCUAGAAAUCUGGCUUUUUUUUUGGGUUCGGCCUCAUUUAAAUUCUGUGACGUUGGACCAGGCCUGAGCUCGGGCUUCAGCUCACCGGUCUUGGGUUCUGAUGAGAACUCUACACUGCAUUCGGGUCUCGUGUGCAGUCCGGCAGUGUCAAUCAAGAGAGACUCUCGGACUGAAACAUUCACACUUUCAUUAAUUUACGAAAAGAUAGUUAAUUUGUGCCACAGUUUAAUUUCUGUGACGUUGGACCAGGGCUGGGCUCGGGCUUCAGCUCACCGGGCUUGGCUUCUGAUGAGAACUCUACACUGCAUUCGGGUCUCAUGUGCAGUCCGGCAGUGUCAAUCAAUAGAGACUCUCGUACUGAAACAUUCACACCUCCAUUAAUUUACGAAAAGAUAGUCAAUUUGUGCCACAGUUUAGACUACGGAUAGAUCAGCGUUCUAACUUCCCCUUGUGAUAGUGUAGUGCAAUGACAGAAUUACUCAAUUUACCACAAUCUGCCACCAUCGACCACAAACAGUCAAGGCAUAAGCUUGAAACUUUUAAAGGAAGAACCACUGUAUGUGCUUUGAAUUUAUGGCAACUUUGUGUGAAGUAAAUAUGAUAGGCUAAAAGCUUCCUUGCGACAAACUAUUUGGAUAAUGUGCCAUCAAAAAGAAAAUGCCAAUCUGCUGCUGCGCAUGUUGUGUAUUUUGUGGAAUUGCAUUAGUGCAACAUUGGGGGAAAAUGUAGUAAUUUUCUGGAUCUUGUCCGAAUUUAUCUCCCUAAUGUAGGUAUUCAGGCUAAUGAGGACUUUCUCCCCUACCUGGAAUGGUGUGAGUGUGGUGACACAAGGUUAAGACCCACAGAUUAUCCGACUACAUGUCAGGGUCAGGUAGACUAAUGCUGUUGACUUACGGUGUUUAGCAGUGGAAAAAGAUAGAACUCUUCACACGUACGUAGGCAAAACUAAAAACACACGCACACAGACACACACGUACAGUAUGCACGCACACAUAGGAUGACGUCAUUACGUAAUGACGUAAAACUGUGUCAUUACGUAGAAUACACAAUAACGUUACUCAAAUUGACUGGCCAUCUCUGCGACAAAUAUGAUUUGACAUUCGUUAGUUUAGAUUUCUUUGUUUAUUAUCACAUUUUUAUUUGUAAAAGUAAUAUAAACACAACACAUUUUAUAUGAUCAGAUAUUUUUAUUUUUAAACACAACACAUUGAAUUAUGGAACAAUUACACAUUACACAUUAUUGAACAAUUACAUUUUAUUUAUUUUCUUAUUAACUAGUAAACCUACACAUUCUGAACAAUUAUUUUAAGCAGUGUACUGGUAGUUAGUUAACAUGCUACCUAACUGAUCAACAAUUAUAGGUACAAGCUAAUAACAAGGUACAGUGGGGAGAACAAGUAUUUGAUACACUGCUGAUUUUGCAAGUUUUCCUACUUGCAAAGCAUGUAGAGGUCUUUAAUUUAUAUCAUAGGUACACUUCAACUGUGAGAGACGGAAUCUAAAACAAAAAUCCAGAAAAUCACAUUGUAUGAUUUUUAAGAAAUUAAUUUGCAUUUUAUUGCAUGACAUAAGUAUUUGAUACAUCAGAAAAGCAGAACUUAAUAUUUGGUACAGAAACCUUUGUUUGCAAUUACAGAGAUCAUACGUUUCCUCUAGGUCUUGACCAGGUUUGCACACACUGCAGCAGGGAUUUUGGCCCACUCCUCCAUACAGACCUUCUCCAGAUCCUUCAGGUUUCGGGGCUGUCGCUGGGCAAUACAGACUUUCAGCUCCCUCCAAAGAUUUUCUAUUGGGUUCAGGUCUGGAGACUGGCUAGGCCACUCCAGGACCUUGAGAUGCUUCUUACGGAGCCACCCCUUAGUUGCCCUGGCUGUGUGUUUCGGGUCGUUGUCAUGCUGGAAGACCCAGCCACGACCCAUCUUCAAUGCUCUUACUGAGGGAAGGAGGUUGUUGGCCAAGAUCUCGCGAUACAUGGCCCCAUCCAUCCUCCCCUCAAUACGGUGCAGUCGCCCUGUCCCCUUUGCAGAAAAGCAUCCCCAAAGAAUGAUGUUUCCACCUCCAUGCUUCAUGGUUGGUAUGGUGUUUUGGGGGUUGUACUCAUCCUUCUUUUUCCUCCAAACACGGCAAGUGGAGUUUAGACCAAAAAGCUCUAUUUUUGUCUCAUCAGACCACAUGACCUUCUCCCAUUCCUCCUCUGGAUCAUCCAGAUGGUCAUUGGCAAACUUCAGACGGGCCUGGACAUGCGCUGGCUUGAGCAGGGGGACCUUGCUUGCGCUGCAGGAUUUUAAUCCAUGACGGCAUAGUGUGUUACUAAUGGUUUUCUUUAAGACUGUGGUCCCAGCUCUCUUCAGGUCAUUGACCAGGUCCUGCCGUGUAGUUCUGGGCUGAUUCCUCACCUUCCUCAUGAUCAUUGAUGCCCCACGAGGUGAGAUCUUGCAUGGAGCCCCAGACCGAGGGUGAUUGACCGUCAUCUUGAACUUCUUCCAUUUUCUAAUAAUUGCGCCAACAGUUGUUGCCUUCUCACCAAGCUGCUUGCCUAUUGUCCUGUAGCCCAUCCCAGCCUUGUGCAGGUCUACAAUUUUAUCCCUGAUGUCCUUACACAGCUCUCUGGUCUUGGCCAUUGUGGAGAGGUUGGAGUCUGUUUGAUUGAGUGUGUGGACAGGUGUCUUUUAUACAGGUAACGAGUUCAAACAGGUGCAGUUAAUACAGGUAAUGAGUGGAGAACAGGAGGGCUUCUUAAAGAAAAACUAACAGGUCUGUGAGAGCCGGAAUUCGUACUGGUUGGUAGGUGAUCAAAUACUUAUGUCAUGCAAUAAAAUGCAAAUUAAUUACUUAAAAAUCAUACAAUGUGAUUUUCUGGAUUUUUGUUUUAGAUUCCGUCUCUCACAGUUGAAGUGUAGCUAUGAUAACAUUUACAGACCUCUACAUGCUAUGUAAGUAGGAAAACCUGCAAAAUCGGCAGUGUAUCAAAUACUUGUUCUCCCCACUGUAUAUAUGCUAUCUUAUUGAACAAGCAACUUAACUCAAAUAAUGAUGUUAGGCAUCUCUCUCCAGCUCUCUCCAGGUUGUUGUGCUGCUUGGCUGGCCUGCUGCUGCCUGUGCACAAGCUGAGCGCCUGCUGCUGACUUCACUCACAAUGCACUUUUGAGUGUGUGACAGAGAAAACCGUUGUUGUGUCAUUUAGAGGGAAAAUGCGUGCAUUUUAGCAUUUGAGUCACUUUUCAAAAGUUGCUAAAAGUGCCAAAUACAUUUUUUUAAGUAGCUACAUUUGUUGCUAGGUGCUGUUUGAAAAAAAACUUGCCAGGGUAGUCUGAAAAGUAGCUAAAUCUAGCAACAAAAUUGCUAAAUUGGCAUCACUGUCUACAGUAUGUGGUUUAUACUCUCCCAGAUGACUACAUUACAAAUAUGCUCUUAACUCCAACCGAUAAGGUUAUCUGUGUUGUUUUAAAUAACUCCUCUAAAGUGCAGGCAGGCUGGCUGUAGACUAGAUAUACACAAGACAGUGCUCUGCUGUUAUGCACCUGCCAUUUAGUGAGCUGUCAUACAGGUCAGUGUUUAGGGAUUAACACACAGGAUGACACUUCAGUGACUCAUUUUCAUCUCCGCAGCCAGUGUGACUGGAGCAUCCCUCCCGUUCCUCAGCCGG